AUGCUUUUAUUAUUAUUAUCAUUACUUUUAUUCUAUGUUCAUUUAGUUAUUUUAAAUAAAGUUGAUUUAAUUUUAAUAAAGACAAUCAUAUCUAUUCGUUGUCCUGAUGAUAAAAUUUCUUUUAUUGGUUUUCUUCAUACAAUAAACAAAAUAGAUAAUCUUCGUUCAUAUUGUUCUCAUCCAUAUCUUGUUUCAUCUGAUGAUUUAAUUAAUAUAUUUACUAUAAAUGCAUUACUUCAUAAAUGUAUCAAUGAAAAAACUCUCAAUACUAAAUUUAAACUUCAUUUAACAUUAAUACAUCAAAGUGGAAGUAUUUCACCAACUUCCAUAUCAAUUCAUAAUGAAAAAUCAGAUUCGAUUAAAACAUUAGAACACGAUUCAUUUUUUAAUAAAAACUAUACAGUAACAAUCGCGGAUAAUAUUAAGUUAAUUAAUUUAGAUGAAGGGAAAUUUCGUUAUACAUUCUAUAUAUGGUUUGUUAAACGAGAUUGGAUUAUUUGUCGAUUAGAUAUAGUCUUUGAUUCUCAUCCAUGUCAGCAUAAAUAUGAUUUUCCUAAUGCUGCAUUUAUUCCUUUUUGCUAUUAUAAUGUUAAUGCAAAUACGCCAAUGAGUAUAGAAGAAUUAAAUGAAGAAUAUAAUCGACAUAUGAAUAAAAACAAAACUAUGGAAUUUACUAGUUUACUACAAUCAACUAAUAAAAAUUUAACAAUGAAUAAGAAUAAAUCGAAAGCAUCAAUUAAAAAAAAAAAAGUUAAAAAAACAAAACAAUAA